AUGCAGCUCCUGGUGAGGGUGCCCUCUCUUCCGGAGCGGGGCGAGUUGGACUGCAACGUCUGCUACCGGCCCUUCAACCUCGCGGGCCGCACGCCUCGCCGCCUGCCCGGGACGGCGCGCGCCUGCUGCGGCCACACGCUCUGUACCGCCUGCCUGCGCGAGCUGGCGGCGCGCGGCGACGGCACCGGGACCGCCGCGCGCGUGGUGCGCCUGCGCCGGGUCGUUAGGUGCCCCUUCUGCCGCGCCCCCUCCGCCCUCCCGCGCGGCGGGGUCACGGAGAUGUCUGUCGACCCGGACUUGUGGUCGCGAUUGGAGGAAAAAGCGCGGGCCGAGUGCGAACAAGAGGAGGCGGGGAGCCCGGUUAGGGAGAGAGGCGACGCUGACGUAGAGACAGACGGAGAGAACGAGAGCGAGCAGGGGGCGGAGCCUAGGAGCGCGGGGUGGUGCGCACUCCGGCGGCUCUGGGACCAGGUUCUAGCGCCCGCGCGCCGCUGGCGGCGUCCGCUGCCUAGCAACGUGCUGUACUGUCCAGAGAUCAAGGACAUUGCCCACAUGACGCGCUGCAGGCUGUAACCGAGGAAGCCGGGAGCUGUGGCAUAAGGAAGUUACAAGAGACACUGGCAUUACUGAAAGUUUGUUGUACAAUUUUAAACUUGUGUCCCAUAACUGGAUGUCGCCUACUGAAUACCAUGACUUCUGUCUUAAUAUCGGAUUAGUUUAUGAUAGUACAGUCACAGUCAAGGAGCAGCAGCACCACCUGGAGCUUAUGGGAAGCGCAGAAUCUCAGGACCCCAGUCCAGAGUUACUGAAUUAGAAUCUGCAUUUUAACAAGAAUCCCAGGUGAUUUGUGGGCACAUAAAAAUUUAACCUAAAAAUUUAAGACGCACUGCACUAGGCCCUAGACCCUCUUAAGAUCAUUAUCUGUGGAUGGAAUAUAUUUAAAACAAUUGGUAUGAUUGACAUAGUAUCUUACUCAAAGUUCUAAAGUGAGUCUAUUAUUGAAGAAAUCUCCAGUUAGUCCUUCGUGUACAUAACUUACUGCAUUUUUCUGAGUUAAAAAAUGUGAACUUAAGUAUAAACUUCUAUUUUUGUGACCAUAUUUUGGUACUUUCCUGUCAUUCAAUCUCAAAUGUCAUCUCUUUUGAAGGGCCUUUUAGGAUUUAAUGUAGUGUAGCCCCUUUCCCCACCUUCUGUACCACAAUGCCUUGUUUUAUCUUCUGAAAAUUAUUUUGUGGUGCCCCCCCCCAGAGUGUCAGCUCCAUGAGCACAACAUCUCACUCGUGAUUGUCUUAUCUCCAGGGCCAACAACAGUGUUGAUGUAGAAUAUGUACUCAAAAAUGCUGCGUUUACAUUUUAUUUUUUGAU